UCUACCCUGUGGUCCUUAGAGAGUCAGUUAGUCAAUGGGUCAGUGUCCGGGUAGGUCCAAGUGGUGAGGAGUGGGAAUGUUGUCGUGUACCUGGCACCACUAUGGACGACUAUCCGAUGUAUGGGUUGCUCGUUGGGUUCUCCCUUUGGGGGACCCUUUGGCGUCUCCUCUUUCCUCUGGGCUUUUGGCCCACUUUCACGUGUAGAGUAGCAACCCGGGGUGGCACUUCCACCCAACCUUACACGAAGGAGGAGGAGGAGAAGAUGGCCACCAUCCUGCAGGAGAGAAAGGAGAAGAAGGAGGCCAAGAAGAAGGCCCAGCAGGAGGAGCAGGCGGCAAAGUUGAAAAAGAUAGAGGAGGAGAUGGCCAAAGAAAAAGAGAGGUUGAAGAAGGAAGAAGAGGAGAAGUUGAAGGAGGUGGAAGAGGAAGAAGAAGAUGAACCACCACUGCAAAGGAGGAGAGGGCAGCAAAGUGGCAGCAAGGAUGGACAGAUGGAGAAACGGAUUUCGGAGUGGGUCGCCAACUUAUCCCUAGGCGAAGAAGAAGAGGUAACUAUGUACAUCCCCAAGGAUGAGCAGGAAGCCGCUAUGAAAAAAUGGGAAGCAGAAGAAGAUGUUCUGAAGCGGCAGGCGAUGGAAGAUGAAACGAGGAUGGAGUGGAAACUCGCAAUGAUGAGGGAGAAGAAGAGAAAAGUGGAGGCGGCGAGUGCAACAAUGCAGGAAUUAGCGGAGGUACGGACUUUAACUACACAGUUGACCCCCCAGGUAGACCUCCAACGAAAGGUGGAGAUCAUCGCCCAGAGCGUCGAGCGUUUAGCCAGAGUACAAGAACAAGAAUAUGAGUUUAGCCGAAGUCAGGAUAUAGCUGUGCGUUCGAUGCGGAUGGGAUUCCGGGACUUUGCCCGUGAAUUGGUAAGCGCUGUGGGAGCCGAGGUGAAUCAUCGCCUCGAGAAGACCGAGCGUUUUUGUGUCGGCGCCAUUGAAGGCGUCAAGGUGGCAGCUCUUAAGGAGGACGAGCCGCGUCCUCGUAGGGAGCCAGUCAAAGUCAAGUUCCCUGAUUCCUACAGUGGAAAGAGGGAAGAAAACUUUGACAACUGGGAGGCCAACGUCAAGACCUAUGUGCAUCUGCAACAGGUCUCCCCAGAUCAGCACAUGUUGAUUGCGAUUCAUGCGCUUAGAGAUGAAGCCGCCAGUUUCGUGAGGUCCCUCGUCCGCGCUGCCAACUGCAAUGAAGAUGCAGUGGCGUAUUCCACAUUCACCCCCCUCGUUGAGUUUAUGAAAUUGUUGCGCGAGCGGUUCGCUGAUGUUGCUCGCAGUGUUAAAGCCUCUGAUAGACUGCAAACUAUCCAUUCCCGUCAGUGGAAGAGCGCGGGGGCACUCAAAAGCACCAUUGAUGAGUUAGUGGUUGUUCCUGACCAUGGGGUCACAAAGCCCCAAUUGGUCAACCUCUUCUACCGAGCUAUGCUCGAAACGUUUAGAGGGCACUUCUUCGCGAGGAGCCAAGACCCUGCUAUGACGUAUGAUGCGCUUAGCAGGGAAGUGGUGGCGUUUGAGGCAAAGUCUGUGUCAGUUUCCACCUUCUGGCACAAAGAUUUAGACAAGGGAAAGAAGUGGAAGGGUCGCACUAUCUCAAGGCAAGUUAAGACUAAGGAUAGUCUUGUCCUGACCUUAGAUGAAGGUAGUGUCGACGAGAUCCCCUACGAACAAAUUGAGUGGGGGUUAGAGGAGGAGGACAGCGGCGUGAGCCAGGGGAGAUUUUACGUUGCUGUCGCGGCUGGAGGGAGGCCGCAAGGAGGAGGACGAGGCCAGGGCCAAGGGGGCCGGGCCUCAGGGAGCCGGGUUCAGGGCGAUCAGGGGGUUGGCGGCAGAGGAGGAAGCCGCCAAGCGGGAGGAAGGGGUCAAGGUCCCCUGCAAAACCGUCCUAGGAAUAGGUCUCCCUAUAGGGCGUAUUUCCGCCUAGAGAAAGAUGAGAAAGUGGAGAAGGUCCUCCACUCCCUCAGUCUCCUUGUAGAAGACAACCUCCCAUUUGAUAUUGUCCUGGGGAUGGAUUGGGGAGAGGCAGCCGGGGCCACACUCCGUUUAAAGGAGCACGAGUGUUGGCUCCCUAGUCCUUCAGGCGAGGCUAAGACUGCCYGCCUGUUCCAUGUGUCCGGAGUAGAGAACCCCCUGGCACAUUGCUGCCUUAGUGCACCUGCAUUCGCGAGGCUCGUGAAGAAGGAGCACCUAGAAGAACAAGUUUUUGUAGCCUAUGUAAGGCCAGUAACUGAGCCUAAGGAAGAGAAGCAUAUAGACCCUACGAUUGCUAAGCUGCUGGAGGAGUUCAAGGACCUAGCUGAGCCGCCGACAGGAGUAGUACCGCGGCCUAUCCAACACCACAUUGAGAUAGAGUCUGGCAGUAGAACUCCCAAAGGAGCCGUGUAUAGGAUGUCCCCGCGGGAGUUAGAGGAGCUUCGCAAGCAAUUAGACGAGCUCCUUGAGAAGGGUUGGAUUAGGCCCAGCUCGUCUCCUUUUGGAGCGCCUGUUCUCUUUGUCCCCAAGAAAGAAGGAGAGUUGAGGAUGUGUAUAGACUAUAGGGGUCUGAAUGCUGUUACAGUGAAGAAUGUUGAGCCACUGCCUAGGAUAGACGAUCUUUUAGAUCGAGUGCAGGGGGCAAAGUUGCGGUCGUUCUUGGGCUUAGCUAACUACUAUAGGAAGUUCGUAAGGAACUUCUCCACCAUCGUUGCGCCCCUUCGCAGAUUGCUGAGGAAAGAGACCAUCUGGAAGUGGGAUAAGGACUGCACGUCUGCCAUGAAGAAGUUGACACAGACAUUGAUAGAGUACCCAGUCCUUAAGGUGGCCGAUCCGUCCCUGCCCUUUGUCGUCACUACAGACGCCAGUCAGUACGACAUAGGUGCCGUGUUGCAGCAAGACGAUGGCAAUGGUUAUCGACCCGUAGAGUUCAUGUCCGCCAGGAUGCCUUCCGAGAAGGUCGCGACAUCUACCUAUGAAAGGGAACUCUACGCUCUCAGGCAAGCACUAGAACAUUGGAAGCACUACUUGCUUGGGAGGCACUUUAAAGUCUAUUCAGACCACGAGACGUUGAGAUGGCUGAAGACGCAGGCCAAGAUGACACCUAAGUUGACUAGGUGGGCCGCAGAGAUAGAUCAAUAUGACUUUGAGCUCAAGCCAGUCAAAGGAAAGUAUAACGUAGUCGCGGAGGCUCUGAGUAGGAGGGCUGAUUUCUUUGGGGCCAUAGUCCAUUAUCUAGAUAUAGGGUCAGACCUACAACAAAAAGUUAAAGAGGCGUACGCGCAGGACCCCAUCUAUAGUGCGCUCCUUAAGAGAGUUAAGGAAGCCCCAGAGUCCGAGCCAUAUUACCGCACUACCGAUGGGUUGUUGUUUGAGAAGACUAACGUGGUAGACCGUUUGUGCGUCCCCAACAGCGAAGAGAUCCGGAGUCUGAUCUUGGGGGAAUGCCACGACACUGAAGGACACUUUGGUUGGCAGAAGACUUUAGCCAACUUGAUGCACGCGUACACCUGGCCAAGAAUGAAAAAUGACUGCAUAAAGUAUGUCCGCAGUUGCAAAAUCUGCCAGAGGAAUAAGUCAACUACGCGUGCCCCUUUAGGUCUUCUUAGACCUUUACCUAUUCCUGAUCAGCCAGGAGAUUCAGUGUCCAUCGGCUUUAUGGACACCGGCGUUAAGAGUAGGCAUGGCAAGAGCGAAGUUAUGGUUGUGGUAGACAAAUUUAGUAAGUAUGCUAUUUUCGUUCCCUUGCCGUCAGAAGCCAGAACAAAAUUAGUAAUUCAAAAGUUCUUUGAUCACUGGGUCAGUGAACAUGGAGUUCCGCUGUCUAUAAUUAGCGAUAGAGAUACCCGGUUCACAAGUCUAAACUGGCAGGAAUUAAUGCGAGUCUACGGAUCCAAGUUGUUGAUGUCAUCUGGCCGUCAUCCAGAGACGAACGGUCAGACUGAACAAAUGAACAAGGUCCUGCGACAAGUCCUGCGCAUGUACAUUACACCUGAUCAAGUCAACUGGGAUGAGAUGCUUCCCAAGGUAGCCAGCGCAUACAACAACAGCCUGCACCUGUCCACCUGCCGCACUCCCAACGAGCUCCAUAAGUCCUUUAGGCCACGAAGACCAUUUGAGGGACUGAACCAGGAUCAGAUUCACACGCUACCGCCCGGUACAAGGGAGUUUGCGAUUCAGCACGAGAAGGAGAUAGCAACGGUUGUUGAGAAUCUCAGGAAGGCCCAGCACCGCAUGCUCGAACAGGCCAACAAGCACCGUCGCCCUUUGCAGUUCCAAGUAGGCGACUUGGUCUGGGUCCAGUCUAAAGAGUUUGCGCCUGAAGAGAACAUUUCGCAGAAGUUACUGCCUACAUAUAGCGGACCGUGGCCGGUUCUGGAAGUCAAGGGCGGCGAGGAUGGACCGUCCUAUACCAUAGAAAUCCCCGCACACCUCCACACUUACCCAGUUUUCCAUGCAUCGAAGUUGUUACCUUGUCAAACAAGUGAUCAGUUUCCAUCCCGUAGGUCUAUGAUCCCACCAGAUAUGGAUGGAAGGUAUGACAUCGAUGGCAUAGUGGCUGAAGAUGUAUUCAGGAUUGGAGGUAGAGGUCGUCCACAGAAACAGUACAAGGUUCAUUUUGCUUAUCAAGAGCCGGAAGACGACCGCUGGUUUACGAGAUCUGAACUUCUAGAGACAGCUCCCGAUGUAGUCCGGGCCUACGAGAGGCAACAGAAAGGUAAAGGUCCUGCCUUGGACUGAAAUUUUCUCGGAGGACCUCGAAUUUAGGCCGGCGGGAGUGAAACAGUAUUCACCACUCCGCAGUAGCUGAUGCAGAUCCCAGGGCUCAAUCCCUAGUCCCCCACCUUACCUGUGUACAGUAACUGUGUCAACCCGUAGAUUUGAACCUGCGACCUGUAGAACCGCCAGUGGUAGGUAGGAUCUCGUAGGUUACAGGGUAUAGGGGAUUCGAACUGUAGACCUGUCGGGUAGGAGUCUAGACAGUCCAGAGGUUGUAGCUGUAGACUGUCCGAAGGGUCAAAGUCGUAGCUGCUACUUACCCGAAAGGGCAGAGUCGUAGCUGCUACAAUAC